UGAGACCAGAGGGACAGGGAGAGGAGGCUAAAAAGGGACGCCACAGAUCUGACGUGAAGCUAGCACGUGGCCUCGGGCUUGACUCGUUGGGAGAGUUAGCAGGGAGCACACCUGAGCUGUGUCAGACAGGAGCAGAAGAGCGCGCUGCUACCUGUCAGGUUCCUGCUUUAAGGAGAAGAGCAGGCUGCUGGCCGGGCAAAGAUCAAACCUGGACCUCAUCCAUCUCCUCCCGGGCUGCAUCCCCGCGGGAGCGUGAUGAGCGGACAGACAGAUUGAUUCGAUCUUUUGAUGAAAGCCCAACUUUUGUGGAGCUUUUCCAGCCACCUCACAACGCUGCUGGAGACUGGAACCACUGCUCGGUGUGAAAAACAGCAGGAGAGAGCGGGGGGGAAAAGGAGAAUAUUGCCAUCCAUCUGUAGCCCCCGCAGCCCACCCUCAGCCUCGGACGCCCCUCCUCUCUGCCUCUUCUUUUGCCCCCUGUACCCCCCCUCCUCUACACCUCACCCCCCAACAGAGCAGAAAGCGUGAAAAAUCUCACUAAUGGGUUUAUUUGCUGUCAGAUCUGCGCCGAUCUGUCAUUCCCUUGGACCAUUCUGCUUGACACAUUUCAUAGUUGAGUAAGUCUUCUGGCUUUCUGGCUAGAGUGAACAGUGCCCCUGCGACGCUGUGCUGCCUGAGAGCUCAUCAAGAGGGGGGCAACGGCGGCAGCAGUCAGUCUGACAGUCUCUUGGACAGGGAGUCCCUGAAGCUGCAUUCCUCUGGUCUCCUUCUCCCCGUUGGGACUUGGUGUUUGUGAGCCUCGUGGGCUUGUUCUCCGCUCAAGAUCCAGGCUGUUUCUGCAGGGACUCCGGUGCUGACUGAAAAACAGUGUGAAGAUGUGGUGUGGGGCUGGGCCUCUGGCCGUGGUGGCUGCAGUGUUUUGGACUCAGUGUGUCCUUCUGGAUGGGGUGGAUGCCAAAAAGGAGAGGAAGAGGCCAAAGGAGACCACCCCACAACACACAGAGACCUACAACGCUACCCUCUCCAACAGCGAAGAGGUCGGUGGAAGCAUCAAGAUUUCUGACAACCAGAGAGUGGAUCCACUGGGAUCAUGGAUGGACUUUGUCAAAAGACCUGUUGGCAACUUCCCUGGAAAGUGUCGCAAGCGUAAACGACCCCUGCCGGGCCCACCUGGUCCUCCAGGCCCUCCUGGCCCACAGGGACCCCCUGGCUCUCCUGGGGCUGAAGUGACCCAGGAAGUUCUUCUCCAGGAGUUCAAAGAGAUGAUUAAAGAGGCUACAGAGAGGAGAGCAACAGCAUUGGACAGACAAACCAGCCCCAGCCAGCUACCUACAGCUCUGCUCACCCUGGAGGGAAUGACCUCCUACCGACGAAUAGAGGAGGCUUUCCACUGCAAGCUCAAGGGACCUGUGGUGGUCGACAAGAAGACUCUGGUGGAGCUCCAGAACUUUCAGACACCACCAGCCAAAGGAGCCUUCCUCAGAGGGUCGGGAAUGGACCAGUCCACCGGGAGAUUCACAGCUCCCAUCACUGGGAUCUACCAGUUCUCUGCUAAUGUCCACAUUGACCACAAUGAGGUGAAGAGGAGCAAGAGUCAGCUCAAGGCCAGAGAUAACGUCCGGGUGCUGAUCUGCAUUGAAUCACUCUGCCACAGAUACACCUCACUGGAGAUGAUUGUUGGAUUAGAAAGUAACAGCAAGAUAUUCACCGUCAGCGUGCAGGGCCUGCUGGAGCUACAGGCCGGCCAGUACACCUCCAUAUUUGUGGAUAACGCAGCGGGCGCGUCCAUCACAAUACAGAACGGGUCCGAUUUUAUGGGCAUGCUGCUUGGUGUAUAGCCUCACACGUGAGCGGGGCACCAUCCAAGCCGUCCGCUACUGCCGUUUUGUUUUUGUCAACGGACUGCUUAUGAGCACCGCCACACAGUACCCAAACCACAGGGGAGGUUUGAAGGAAGGAAGUGAGGCUGACAGUGACUUGACUGGUUGUCAGAUGGUGAGAGGACAGUGUGAAGAACUCAAGGACUGAGUUUGUUUUUCACAGUUCGCUGCCACUUCCCUGAGGAACUUGGAUGCCUGUUGCUUCACCAAUAAAAUAACCUGAAAAUAAAGCAGUGAAUACGUCUGUUUCAGUAUAUUUUUCAUGGGUGUUGAAGACGUUUGCGGUAAACCAAAUAUCAGCAUUUUUAGUGUUCUCUGGAUAGAUGACGGAAGAGCUGGGGAGCAUGAGAAAGUACAAGUGUAUACUGACAUGUUUAUAUUUUUGUCUAUAUGGUCUAUUAUGUCCACACUCAUGAACUAUAGUUGUUUUUUUUGUUUUUUUUUACCAUGGAUUAAAUCUCACAUUUAUAUAGGUUAUAUGGUACAUAGACUGUGAGUACACUGGACAAUGGAAACAUGCUCAAUAGACAGAAUACGACCUCACAUGCCCCACAUAUGUAAUUCCAUGUUUUGUAACUUAACUAUUACUGAUUUUAGCCAUGCUAGCGGCUGGUGGCUCUGUACAGCAUUGUAGGUUGUUUGGUCCACCACUUUGGUUCAGACUGAAAUAUCUCAACGACUAUUUGAUGGAUCGCUAUGAAAUUUUGCACAUUCUGGUCCCGAGAGAAUGAACCCUACUGUCUUUGAUGAUCCACUGACUUUUCAUCUGGCCUCACCAUGAGGCUGACAUUUGUGGUUUUGAGUUAAGUAUCGCAGCAACUAUUGGAUGGAUUGCCACAAAAUUUGGUUCACACAUUCUUGUCCUCCACAGAAAGAAUUGCAAGAUUAUAUCUGCUGAACAUCAGCACAUUAGCACUGUUUUCAUGCUGAUAUUAGCAUUUAGCUCAAGGAACUGUUGUGCUUGAAGUACAGCUUCAUAGAGCCGCUAGCAUAGCUAUAGAUUCCUGUGGUGUAUUCACAUUACAACGGAAAAACAAGGGUCUUGAUCUCCCAGUGGUGCUGUUCUACUGGCUUUAUGUGAGGCCAAUUUAUUAUUGCACAGUCCUGGAAAUUCAGAGACAUCAGUAAUUUGUUUUUCAGCCAUCUUUGAUUUGAAGCUGUGGUCAACAGUGAUUGGCUGGUUCCACAAAGGUCAGCACAGUUCAGCAAAGUUCAACAGAUCUGAACUUUCAGCGAUGCUCACUGCACCACAGACAACCGCAUGGACAAACGGAGGAGACGCAUGCAUUGACUGUUUUUCCGCAGUAAUGUGAACACGCCUUUACUCUUGUUUUAAUGUGUCAGACAAAUCACGACACACCUUUUAACUGUAAGACAGCUGUAAAAGAACGAUGUUUGGGUAGCCUAAAGAUUAUUUUUACAGUCUUUUUUGUGUUAUCAUUUAUCAUCUGUUUCGGUUUUGCUGUAUGUUAUUCUUUUCUUGACAUAUAGAUGUCUGUAAUUUAUCAUAACUGAUACACCAGUAACAUUGGAAAGCAUUGAAAUUUGAUAUGGUAUUUAUGUGCUGAUUUACACCUUGUGGACUGUCGAAGCCACAGAUUAUUGCAAGAAUAAAAUUUAUAUCUUUUUACAUUUUUUUAUUACCCAUACUAUGCUGUAAUUUGAAAUUAAACUUUUUCAAAAUGUU